GACACUAACAUGAAACGGACUUAUCAACCUUCCACCACUCGUCGCAAACGUACACAUGGAUUCCUCGUUCGCAUGAAAACGCGUGGGGGACGGGCAGUUUUGAAUGCUCGCCGUGCGAAAGGGCGUAAACGCGUUGCUGCGCAUCGCCUCCUUAAAACGGAUGAGUUUUCGUCCGUUUUUUCGUUUGGGAAGAGGUUUCGAGGAGAAGUUUGGACAUUAUUAUUGAUCGACAAACGUCGUUUGCAGAAGGUAAGUUCGGAUGAAAACCAAAGCCAAUUAGUAUCUUUUGAGCCGACAUCACGAUUAGGUGUUGUGGUGGGUAAAAGACAUUUAAAACGUGCUGUAGAUCGCAACUGCGCUAAACGUGUCGCCAGAACGUGGUUUCGAACUCGGCGGUUGCAACUUCCACUCGGGGAUUAUAUUUUACGUUUGGAUCGUCCCAUACGCUCGACCAGUGCGCGGCAGUUUAAACAAGUCUGCUGGAAGGAUUUUCAAUGCUUAGAAAUGCAGUUACGUCGUUUUUACCGGCUUGAUCCAACAUGA